UUCCUGUUUCCGCCCCCUUGUUUGGUCUGUUCGUGUAAUGGGCAUUGCACAUUUUUAGCAUUGUGUAUGGGACUAAAAUGAGUUCAACUGUAUCCCCAUAUUGGUUAUGCAAAUUUAACAUUGUAAAAUAAAUUGAAAGGGGUGACUUUUCGUGGGUAGAACUCUGUUUUGAAGAUAUAGCUACCUAAUGGGCAUAACCUCAGUCAUUUAGCGGUGCAAUUUACCUGGGGAUGAACAUGCAUAUUCAUUUCAGUAUGUACCAAGUGAGAAUAACCUUUGUGGCCUUCUUAUGUAUUGGUAUAAUUUACUUGGUCAUCUGUGGCACUGUGUAGUAGUAAUUUCCAUAAUAUAAGUUACUUGAAGAUACAAAUUUUGUAACAUUUCAUCGAGAAAGAAUCACUUUUAAUGCAUAUUCAUUUAUUUUUGAAUCUGUUGGUCUGAGGAUUGAAGAGGUAGAGAUUAAUCUGCUGGUUUGAGGAUUGAAGAGGUAGAGGUCGCUGAAGUGCUGAGAAGCAUCAAUCGCAUUGCUGUCAUGGAGGAGGUUGGCGAAGUAACUGUGACUGCGACAAACGAAGGAGGGCCAAGUGAAGAAGUGAAGAAUGGCUACAUGUUGUUUAGACGAGAAUUUCUUAAGGGUGGGGAGAAGUUUAAGAAUAUGUCUGAACAAGCGAAAAAGGCAUCAAAGGCAUGGAAGCAGUUGACACCAGAGGAGCAGAAGAAAUACAGUGAUAGGGUGAAGCAAUCAAGAAAGGAAGGGAUGAAGAAGAAGAGGAAGAAAAAAGUGGCUUUUAGCACUCGUUGCUCGGUUCGGCAAUUUAAGUCAUUAGUGGACUUCAUAAAAGAUGAUGAAGAUUUGAAAGUGAGGGUACAAAAUUUAGGCUUUGGCCAUUUACUUGACAUUGGAUGUGAGAGACUCCCUCGUGACCUCAUAGUAUGUGUUCUCCGAGCAUAUGAUCCGCCUACCCAUCAAUUUCUAAUAAGAGGGAUAAUAAAGGAAAUAGAAGCAAAUGAUGUUGCAAACUUGUUGGGUGUACCCCACACAGGGGAGAAGGUAAAAAUGGACGUAUGUGAUGAUGAUGAGACAUACCAGAGGUUGAAGGAGGAAUUUGGUAAAGUCCCUUAUACGAAGAUACUCAAUGACAUUAAAUCUGGGCAGAAGAAAGAUGAGUUUGAGUUCCUGUUUAUGCUGUACACACUUGGGAGUUUUUUAACUCCUACUUCACAAACAACUGUGAGUGACAAGCUAAUAAGAGUCAUGUGCUGUACCAUGAAGGGAUUUCACCAAUUUGAUUGGGCCACGUACAUUGUGAAGCACUUGUGGAAAGAGAUGGGAGAUUAUGUGAAAGUGUACACAAAAGCAAAGAAAGACGAAGAUGAAGAUGAAGGAAGCUGCAAUGUGGGAGGAUGCAUCUACCUCCUGUUGAGAGGGUCCCUAAAUGCCAUUCAAUUCUGGACUGAUGAGAGGAUAAGGAAGCUGGAAAAGAAGGAGAGGGAAAGCAAGAGGGGUUUACUGUAUAAGGGCAAGGGAAGUAUGGAUAGAAGUGGGAAGGAUGAAGGAAAACGCAGAAGUGUGGCUCAUUUACACCCGGAGUUACAGAAGUUGCACGGACGAUUGAUGGCUCAGAUCGAAUUAAGCACUAUGAGGCUUAUAAGUGCAAUGGAAGAUGAGCUAGAUAAGGUGCAGAUAAGGAUAGAGGAAAAUAAUGUGACCACAGAUGAUGAGGACCCUAUUGACGUCCCAGAUGAUGAUAAGGGAGAUGAUGAUGCAUUUGGCGAUGAAGACUCCCAUGAUCAUGAUGGACAUGAGUCUGAUGACGAAGGUGAUGAUAGAGAUGAGUUCCACGGGGGAGAUGGUCAGGGAGACGAUGAUGCAACUGGCUCAGAUAGGGGUGAUGACAUUGGUGUUGCAGCAGAAGGUGCAGACAAAGAAAUUAUGGAGUCUCCCCUGCCCUUGUCCCCCAUGGACAAGGGAUGUCAACUCCGGAGAUCGCAAAGGGAGAUGAAAUCCGCUAUCAAUUCUCCAUGGAUUUUGACAAAGCCAACUAAGAGGCGAAAGAGGCCCAUGGAUGACAAGGACCGGUUUUAUGACAUAGUUUCCCGUAUGUGUUCAAGCAAGGAGGGUGACAUGCCUUUGGUGAAAAUCUCUGAUGAAGAUAUCACUCGGGAUCAGCUAAGGACACUUGGCGGAAUUGAGAAAAUAGGUAACCGGCUGAUGUCAACUGUGUGCAAGACUCUAAUGGCUGAUAUGGAGAAGGAAGGGCAGGUGAAGCGGCACAUUUUUUAUGCUGAUUUUAUGGCAAUAAUGGCAGCUAACCCAAAGCUGUGGGAUGCUACAAAACGGAAGAAACAAUUUUUACCUGAAAAUGUAGGCUACAACAUAGGAGAAUGUGAUUUGAUCUUUGGACCCACACUUGUUGGCGCUCACUGGUUCUGUGUUGUGCUUGAGCCUAGCACAAUGAAUUUCUAUGUGCUGGACUCAAUGAAGCCAAAUUUAGAGGGUAAGAAGAAGAGCAAGAAGAAGGGUGUAAUUAUUGAUGACAUGACGACCGUCGUCACUGAAUGUAGGAAUAGAUUUUAUGACAUUAUUGAGAUAGUUAAGCCUAAUGCCACUGGGAAGAAGAAAAUGAGUGAUAUCAUUUGGGCUCCUGUUCCGCAACAAAACAAUCUGCGAGACUGCGGUGUUCAUGUAUUAAUAUGGUUGAGUAAAUGGAAGCCCGGUGAGAUACUUCACUAUACGGAUGAACAAGUGGCUGAAUUCCGACGAAACCUCAUGUGGUGGCUAGUGAAUCAUGAGCUUAAUUCAAGACGUGAUGAAGCAUUAAGCUUGCUUUCAUCAACCCAAGCCACCACACUGACCAAAAGACGCCAUCUGUGAUAGGAGGAGACAUUAUGUAGAUUAGGCAUAUAGUAUUUGUAAAAGGAGUGUUAGUUUGAAGUCUUAAUAUUUGAAGUCUUAUGUAGUUUGAAGUCUAAGUGGCUGCCAGUUGUUGGCCUAAUUGCAAUCCUUUUUGGGAUAAUUUGAGUAAAAGAGUUAUGAAAUUUACAACAUGCCAUGUGACUUCCGUGAUGAUAAUCACAAGUUGAUUAUUUGUGCCCCAAAUUA